AUGCCUCCACCUUCUACCGUUGAAUUAGCAAGAAAGAAGCCCUAUGGCCUUCGUCUUCACCCACCUCCAGCACCCCCAACCCUACUUCGAUCAUCCAUCACAAUUAAAGCUUUCUCUACAAGAGAACCUCCAACUACAUCCUCCACAUUAAGAAAAACCCUAAUUGGCAGCCACAUUUUGACGUCAGUCACCAUCGAGGGAGGAGGAGGAAGAGGACCUCGGGAAAAACUUUUCUCUAGUCUAAGGGAGGUCGAAAAGGGAAGAAGAGAGCAUCUUUGGUGA